AUGCCUCCCCUCCCUGGAUAUGGGGCAUUUGUUCAACCGCGCAUUAUCUGCUACCACCAAACUUAUCACACAAACAACGGCGGCAGAUACAUGUCAAUGCUACCGCUGACUGCUAAUAAUACGGGAAUAACACAUGUGAUUCUUGCUGCGAUCCACCUCAAUGAUGGGCCAGGGAAUAUCACUCUGAACGACCACUCACCGGAGCAUCCCCGGUUCACCUCCUUAUGGACUGAAGCGGGCGUUAUGCGAACCCGGGGGGUCAAAGUGAUGGGAAUGCUGGGCGGGGCUGCGCGUGGGACCUUCGAGCGUCUCGAUCAAGACGCUGAUAUCUUCGAGCGGUAUUACGUCCCUCUUCGAGAUAUGAUCCGGAACCACCCCCUCGAUGGUUUGGACCUUGACGUGGAGGAGGAGAUGUCGCUGAGAGGCAUUAUCCGAUUGAUUGAUCGGCUCAAGGCUGAUUUCGGCGAACAAUUCAUCAUCACGCUGGCCCCCGUUGCGACCGCCCUGAUCGAGGGAAUGAACCAUUUGUCUGGAUUUAAUUACAAAGCGCUCGAGGCUGCCAGGGGCUCGAAAAUUGCAUGGUACAAUACCCAAUUUUACAAUGGCUGGGGUACCAUCGAAAAUUUGGAACUACAUGGAAUAAUCAACGGGCACACGCGAAUUGAAUUCAUAUACAAGUAUAUAUAA